GAGCGCGCAUUCUCACCUCUGUCCCGGGCGCCAGAACUGUGGGUGCCCUUCUGUGUGGAGCUAGCGAACGGUGUGAGGCAAGACCCAGCCAGCAAGGCGCAACGAGAAAGCCUGCCCAGGGCGGCCAUGGGCCCACCGGGGACCAAGCUGCCGCUGCCGGCACUGCUACUCCUGCUGAUUGUAGCAGGCGCCAGGACACAAGACGAAGUGCUGGAAAAUGUCAGCCCCAGCUGUCCAAAAGACACAACUCGAUUCAAGCACCUGAGGAAGUACAUCUACAACUAUGAGGCUGAGAGUUCCAGUGGGGUCCCCGGGACUGCUGACUCAAGAAGCGUCACCAGGAUCAACUGCAAGGUCGAGCUGGAGGUCCCCCAACUCUGCAGCUUCAUCCUGAAGAUAAGCCAGUGUACCCUGAAAGAGGCGCAUGGCUUCAGCCCUGAGGGCAUGGCCUUGCUGAGGAAAACCAAGAACUCGGAGGAGUUCGCUGCAGCCAUGUCCAAGUACGAGCUCAGGCUGGCCAUUCCUGAAGGCAAACAAGUCAUACUUUACCCAGAGGAGGACGAGCCUGAACACAUCCUGAACAUCAAAAGGGGCAUCAUUUCCGCUCUCCUGGUUCCCCCGGAAACGGAAGAGGCCAAACAAGUCUUGUUUAUGGAUACUGUAUACGGAAACUGCUCCAGCGACUUGACCGUAAAAACAAGGAAGGGAAACGUGGCAACAGAAAUAUCCAUUGAAAGAAACCUGGAGAAAUGUGAUCAGUUCCAGCCCGUUAGCACUGGAGUUAGCCCACUUGCCUUGAUCAAAGGCAUGACCCGCCCCUUGUCUACUCUGAUCAGCAGCAGCCAGUCCUGCCAGUACACUCUGGACCCCAAGAGAAAGCAUGUCUCAGAAGCCAUCUGCAAGGAACAAAACCUGUUCCUGCCUUUCUCCUACAAGAACAAGUAUGGGAUGAUGGCGCAGGUUACACAGACUUUGAAACUUGAAGACACACCUAAGAUCAACAGCCGUUUCUUUGAUGAAGGUACCAAGGAGGUGUCUCUUGCCUUUGAGAGCAGCAAAUCUGCAUCACCGCCGAAGCAGGCUGAGGCCAUUGUGAAGACCCUCCAGGAGCUGCAAAAACUACACGUAUCCGAGCAGAAUGCCCAGAGAGCUAAACUCUUCAAUAAACUGGUUACUGAGCUGCGAGGCCUCAACAACGAGGCAGUUGCAUCCCUCUUGCCAAAGCUGGUCAAGGUGUCCAGCCCCAUCACUUUACAAGCCCUGAUUCAGUGUGGACAGCCCCAGUGUUACACUCACAUCCUCCAGUGGCUGAAAAGUGAGAAAGCCAACCCCCUUGUGAUAGAUGUUGUGACCUACCUGUUGGCCCUGCUCCCAGAGCCCUCGACCCAGAGGCUGCAGGAGAUCUUUAACACGGCAAAGGAGCAGCAGAGCCGGGCCACGUUGUAUGCUCUGGGUCACGUGAUCAACAACUAUCACAAGGCAGGCCCUACAGUGGCUCAAGACUUUGAGGACAUUGCUGAUUACCUGUUGGAACAGAUUCGCGACGGCUGCACUGGGAAUGAAGAACACACCUACCUUAUUCUGAGGGUCAUUGGAAAUAUUGGUGGGAAAAUGAAGCAGGUAACCCCAAGACUCACGUCUUCAAUCCUGAAAUGUAUCCAAAGCACAGAGACAUCGGUGCUGAUUCAGAAGGCUGCCAUCCAAGCCCUACGGAAAAUGGAAAUUAACGAUGAGGUCCGGGAAGUCCUUCUUCAGACUUUCCUUGAUGGUGCCUCUCCAGGGGAUAAGCGACUGGCUGCCUAUCUCAUGCUGAUGAGAGACGCUUCCCAGUCAGAUAUUAGCAAGAUCACCCAACUUCUCCCACGGGAACAGGAUGAGCAAGUGAAGAACUUCGUGGCUUCCCACAUCGCCAACAUCUUAAACUCAGAAGACCUGUAUGUCCAGGAAGUGAAAAAAUUAGUGGAAGCAGCUCUGGAAAAUUCUCAACUUCCAACUGUCAUGGACUUCAAAAAAUUUUCCCGGAACUACCAACUUUCCAAAUCUAUUUCUCUUCCAUCGUUUGACCCAAUGUCAGCCAAAAUCGAAGGCAAUCUUAUAUUUGAUCCAAAUAACUACCUUCCAAAAGAAAGCAUGCUGAAAACAACCCUCACUGUCUUUGGAUUUUCUCCAGCUGACCUCUUUGAGGUUGGUUUGGAAGGAAAAGGGUUUGAGCCAACAUUAGAAGCUUUUUUUGGGAAGCAAGGAUUUUUUCCAAACAGUGUCAACAAGGCUUUGUACUGGGUUGAUGGUAAAGUUCCUGAUCGUGUCUCCAAGGUCUUGGUGGACCACUUUGGCUACACCAAAGGCGAUAAACGUGAGCAGGACAUGGUCAACGGAAUUAUGCUCAAUAUUGAGAAGCUGAUCAAAGAUUUGAAGUCCAAAGAAUUCCCAGAAGCCAGAGCCUACCUCCGCAUCUUGGGAAAGGAGCUUGGCUUUGUCAGGCUCCAUGACCUCCAGCUCCUGGGUCGGAUGCUCCUGAACGGUGUCCGUUCUCUGAAGGGGAUCCCCCAGAUGGUUGCAGAGGCCUUAAGGAGAGGUUCAAAGGAUGACUUGUUUCUUCACUACAUCUUCAUGGACAAUGCCUUUGAACUCCCCACCGGACUUGGGUUACCACUGCAAGUGUCUUUCUCUGGAGUCAUCACUCCUGGAAUCCAGGCUGGAGUGAAACUGGACGUAGCCGAUAUGCAGGCAGAACUGGUGGCAAAGCCUUCUGUAUCUGUGGAGUUUGUGACAAAUAUGGGCAUCAUCAUUCCAGACUUUGCUAGAAGCGGGGUCCAAAUGAACACCAACUUCUUCCACGAAACAGGCCUGGAAGCGCGACUUUCCCUCAAAUCUGGGCAGCUGAAGCUCAGCAUUCCUGCUCCAAAGAGGCCAGUCAAGCUGUUCAGUGGCAGUAACACAUUGCAUUUGGUCUCUACAACCAAAAUGGAAGUGAUCCCACCUCUAACCGAGAACAGGAAGUCCUGGUCAAUGUGCAAGCCUUUGUUAACUGGCCUGAACUACUGCAUCAAUGGUGCUUACUCCAACGCCAGUUCUACAGACUCUCCUUACUAUCCGCUGACCGGAGACACCAGGUUUGAACUGGAACUGAAGCCGACGGGAGAAGUAGAGCAGUAUUCUGCCAGCGCAACCUACGAACUCCAGAGAGAGGGUGAAGUCUUGGUGGACAUGUUGAAGUUUGUAACUCAGGCAGAAGGUGUGAAGCAGACCGAGGCCUCUGUGACAUUCAAGUAUAACCGGCAGAGUAUGACUUUGUCCAGUGAAAUGCAAAUUCCAGAUUUUGACGUUGACCUUGGGACAGUCUUCAGAGUUAAUGAUGAGUCUUCUGAGGAAGAGAAGGCUUACAAACUCACCCUGGACAUUCAAAACAAGAAAAUCACUGAAGUCACCCUCAUUGGCUACAUAAGUGGUGACAGGAAUAAAGAAGGCAAAAUCAAAGGUGUUAUUUCCAUACCCCGUUUGCAAGCAGAAGCCAGAAGUGAGAUCCUCACCCAGUGGUCUCCUGCAAAGCUGCUCCUCCAAAUGGACUCCUCUGCUACAGCUUAUGGCUCAACAAUUUCCAAGAAGGUGGCCUGGCGUUAUGAUGAAGAGAAGAUUGAAUUCGAAUGGAAUGCGGGCUCCAACGUGGAUACCAAAAAAGUGGCUUCCAAUUUCCCCAUGGAUCUCGCACGUUAUCCUAAAACCUUGCAUAUGUAUGCCAAUAGUCUCUUGGAUUACAAAGUUCCUCAAACAGACAUGACUUUCCGUCACAUGGGUUCCAAAUUAAUAGUUGCAACAACCACAUGGCUUCAGAAGGCACCCAUGAGUCUUCCUUAUGCCCAGAAUUUUCAAGAUUACCUCAGUGGCCUAAAAGAGUUGAACCUCCAGAAAAUGGGAUUGCCGGAUUUCCACAUUCCAGAAAACCUCUUCUUGAAAAGUGAUGGCCGGGUCAGGUAUACCUUGAACAAGAACAGUGUGAAAAUUGAGAUUCCUCUGCCUUUUGGUGGCAAAUCCUCUGAAGAUCUAAAGAUGUUGAAGACGAUUCAGACACCAGCCCUCAACUUCAAGUCUGUGGGAUUCCACCUGCCAUCUCAAGAGUUGCGAGUCCCCGCUUUUACCAUUCCCAAGUUGUACGAACUGCGGGUGCCUCUCUUGGGUGUUCUAGACGUCUCCACAAAUAUCUACAGCAACCUGUACAACUGGUCUGUGUCCUAUACUGGCGGCAACACCAGCACAGAUCACUUGAGCCUUCAGGCUCGGUACCACAUGAAGGCUGACUCUGUGGUUAACCUGCUGUCCUACAGUUUGCAAGGAUCCGGAGAAACAACAUAUGACUACAAGAAUACAUUCACAUUAUCAUGUGAUGGGUCUCUAUACCACAAAUUUCUGGAUUCAAAUGUCAAAUUUAGUCAUGUACAAAACAUUGGAAACAACCCAGCCUCAAAAAGCUUGCUAACAUUCAAUGCAUCUAGUGACUGGGGACCACAGAUGUCUGCUUCAGUACAUUUAGACUCAAAACGGAAAGAGCAUUUGUAUAUCAAGGAAGCCAAGAUUGAUGGGCGGUUCAGAGUUGCUUCAUUCUAUGCUAAAGGUGCAUAUGGCCUGUCUUAUCAGAAGGAUCCUACCACUGGCCAAGUAAGCGGAGAGUCCAAGCUGAGGUUUAACUCCACCUACCUGCAGGGCACCAACCAGAUAACGGGAAGAUAUGAAGACGGAACUGUCUCCUUCACCUCCACCUCAGAUUUGCAAGAUGGUGUCAUGAAAAACACUGCUUCCCUGAAAUAUGAGAACCACGAGCUGACUCUGAAAUCUGACACCAAUGGGAAAUAUGAGGACUUUGCCACUUCUAACAAAGUAGAUCUGACCUUCUCUAAGCAAAGUGCAUUGCUCCGUUCUGAGUAUCAUGCUGAUUACAAGUCAUUGAGGUUCUUCACCCUGCUUUCUGGAUCACUAAAUUCCCAUGGUCUUGAACUAAAUGCUGACAUCUUGGGCACUGACAAAGUUAAUACUGGUGCUCACAAAGGAACACUACGGAUUACCCAAGAUGGACUGUCUACCAGCGCAACAACCAACCUCAAGUACAGCCCCCUGCUGUUGGAGAAUGAACUGAAUGCAGCGCUCGGCCUCUCUGGGGCAUCUGUGAAAUUGACAGCAAAUGGCCGCUUCAGGGAACACAAUGCAAAAUUCAGUCUAGAUGGAAAAGCUGCCCUCACAGAGCUAUCACUGGGAAGUGUUUAUCAGGCCACGAUUCUGGGCGUCGACAGCAAAAAUAUUUUCAAUUUCAAAAUCAACCAGGAAGGACUCAAGCUUUCACAUGACAUGAUGGGCUCAUAUGAUGAAAUGAAACUUGACUACACAAACAAUCUGAACAUUGCAGGGUUAGCACUGGACUUCUCUUCAAAACUUGACAACAUUUAUAGUUCUGACAAGUUUUAUAAGCAAACUUUUAAUUUACAGCUACAGCCCUAUUCUCUUGUAACUACUUUAAACAAUGACCUGAAGUUCAAUGCUCUGGAUCUGACCAACCAUGGGAAGUUACGGCUAGAACCCCUCAAGCUGAAUGUGGGUGGAAACAUAAAAGGAGCCUACCAAAAUAAUGAGAUCAAACACAUCUACACCAUCUCUUAUGCAGACUUAUCCGCAAGUUAUAAAGCAGACACUGUCGCUAAGGUGCAGGAUACAGAGGUUAGCCAUCGGCUCAGCGCGAACAUUGCUGGGCUAGCUUCAGCCAUUGACAUCAGUACAAACUACAAUUCAGAAUCACUGCAUUUCAGCAACACUUUCCACUCUGUAAUGGCCCCGUUUACAAUGACCAUCGAUACCCAUACAAAUGGCAACGGGAAACUGGUUCUCUGGGGAGACCACACUGGGCAGCUGUACAGCAAAUUCCUGUUAAAAGCAGAACCUCUGGCCCUUACUUUCUCUCAUGAUUACAAAGGAUCCACAAGUCACGAUCUCAUGUCCAGAAAGAGCAUCAAUUCUCUUCUUGAUCACAAAGUCGGUGUCCUGCUCACUCCAGCUGAGCAGAAAGGCACCUGGAAACUCAGGACCCAGUUCAACAAAAAUGAAUACAGCCAUGACUUCGAUGCUUACAACAUGAAAGACAAAGUCGGCGUGGAGCUUAACGGACGAGCCCAGGCUGACCUCACCAUGCUGGACUCCCCCAUUCGAGUGCCACUUUUACUCAGUGAGCCUGUCAAUGUAAUUGAUGCUUUGGAGAUAAGGGACAUUAUUGACCAGCCCCAGGGAUUCACUAUUGUUGCUUCUGUAAAAUACGAUAAGAACCAAGAUGUUCACACCAUCCACCUCCCCUUCUUUAACAUCCUGCCAGAAUAUUUUGAGAAGAAUCGAAUAGUAAUUAUAACUGCACUGGAAACCAUACAAAGAAAAUUGAAACAUGUCGAUAUUGAUCAAUUCGUGAAGGAAUACAGAGCAGCCUUGGACAAACUCUCCCAACAAGUUAAUGAUUACCUGAAUGAAUUCAACUGGGAGAGACAAGUUUCAAGUACCAAGGAGAAACUAACUGCUUUGGCAAAAAAAUAUGGAAUUACAGAUAAUGAUAUAAAAAUGGCGUUGGACAAUUUCAAAAUCAACCUUAAUGAAAAACUAUCUCAAGUACAAACAUAUGUGAUACAAUUUGAUCAGUAUAUUAAAGAUAAUUAUGAUGUUCACGAUUUUAAAGCAGCUAUUGCUAAGAUUAUUGAUCGAAUCAUUGAAAAAUUGAACAUUCUUGAUGAACAUUAUCGUAUCCGUGUAAAUGUAGUAAAAACAAUCCAUGGCCUAUAUUUGUUUAUUGAAAAGAUUGAUUUUAAUAAAAUCAGAAGUAGUACAGCAUCUUGGAUGCAAAAUAUGGAUACUAAGUAUCAAAUCAGAAUCCAGGUACAAGAAAAAUUGCAACAUCUCAAGACACAGAUUCAGGAUAUUGACAUCCAGCACCUUGCAGAAAAGUUAAAACAACAGGUUGAAGCUAUUGAUGUCAGAGUGUUUUUAGAUCAGCUGAGAACUACAAUUCCAUUUCAAAAAAUAAAGGAAAUGAUUGAGCAUGUCAAAUACUAUGUUAGUGAUCUCAUUGACAAUUUUGAAGUAACUGAGAAAAUCAAUGCUUUUGGAGACAUGGUUCUCAAGUUAAUUAAGAUGUAUAAAACAGACCAACACAUCCAGGUUUUAAUGGAUAAAUCAGUACAGUUGGCCCACCAAUAUAAGUUGAAGGAGACCGUUCAGAAGCUAAGCAAUCUCUUACAACAAGAUGUGAUAAUAGAUCUCUUUGAGAAAUUGGUUGGGUUUAUUGAUGGUGCUGUCAAUCAGCUUAAAGCAUUGUCUUUCAAAAAAUUCAUGGAAGAAGUAAACAAAUUCCUUGACCUGUUGGUAAAGAAAUUAAAGUCAUUUGAUUACCACCAGUUUGUAGAUGAAACCAAUAACAAAAUCCGUGAGGUGACUAAGAGAAUCAAUGGUCAAAUCCAGGCUGUGGACCUCCCACAGAAAGCUAAAGCACUAAAACUGUUUGUAGAGGACAUCAGGGCUGUGGUCUCAGCCCAUCUGGAAAUCCUAAAAGACACCAAGAUAACCUUAUUCAUAGAUUGGUUACAGGAGGCUUUAAAUUCAACACCUUUAAUUUAUAUGAAAGCCAAAUUCCAAGAGACCCUAGAAGAGAUACGAAACCAAAUGUAUCAAAUGGACCUUCAGGGAGAAAUUCAGCAAUACCUGUCCUUGGUAGGCCAAGUUUACAGCACACUUGUCACUUACAUUUCUGACUGGUGGAGUCUUGCUGCUAAGAACAUUACUGACUUUGCAGAACAGUAUUCUCUCCAAGACUGGGCUGAAAAACUGAAAGUGUUGGUAGAACAAGGGUUCACUGUUCCUGAAAUCCAGACCAUCUUCGGGACCAUUCCUGCCUUUGAAGUCAGUCUCCGUGCCCUUCGAGAAGCUACAUAUCAGACUCCUGACUUCGUAGUCCCCCUGACAGAUCUGAAGAUUCCAUCACUUCAGAUAAACUUCAAAAAGUUGAAAGAUAUAAAAAUUCCAUCCAGCUUUUCCACACCAGAAUUUACUGUCCUCAACACCCUCCACAUCCCUUCCAUUACAAUUGACUUUGCAGAAAUAAAAGCAAAGAUCAUCCGGACCAUUGACCAAAUACUGAGCAGUGAGCUGCAGUGGCCGGUUCCGGAAGUAUACCUGAGGGAUCUGAAGGGAGUGGACACCAUUCUCGCUAGAAUCACUCUGCCAGACUUCCAGGUACCAGAAGUCACAAUUCCAGAAUUCAUAAUCCCACAUCUUGACCUUAAAGAUUUUCAAGCUCUUGACCUUCAUAUACCAGAAUUCCAGCUUCCCAAAAUCUCAGACACAGUCCAAGUACCUGCUUUGGGCAAGCUGUAUGGUGUUCUGAAAAUCCAGUCUCCCCUUUUCACAUUAGAUGCGAAUGCUGACAUUCAGAAUGUAACUACAUCCAAGAACAAUGCAGAAAUUAUGGCUUCCAUCACUGCCAAAGGAGACUCCAAAUUAGAAGUCCUCAAAUUUGAUUUUCAAGCAAAUGCACAGCUUUUAGACCCUGAGAUUAAUCCCCUGUUUCUGAAGGAAUCCGUGAGUUUCUCUAGCAAGUACCUCAACAUAGAGCAUAAGGAGGAAGUGCUGUCUUUGGGAAAUACUGUUGAGGUAAAAUCAAACACAGUGGCAGGUAUACACACAGAAAAAAAUACACUGGAGAUUAGCAAUGGUGUGCUCAUCAAGGUAAAUGAACAGAUGACCCUGGACAGCAACACAAAGUACUUCCACAAAUUGAACAUCCCCAAACUGGACUUCUCCAGUCAGGCUGACCUGCACAAUGAAAUCAAAGCCCUGUUGGAAGAUGGACACAGAACAUGGACUUCUUCUGGGAGAGGGUCAUGGAAAUGGGCCUGCCCCAAAUUCUCGGAUGAGGGAACACAUGAAUCACAAAUUAGCUUCUCUACAAAAGGAUCCAACCCUUCCUUUAGAAUGUCUAACAAGAUUAAUAGCAAACACCUAAGAGUAAACCAAACCUUGGUUUCUGAGUCUGACUUCCUCGACUUUGCUAAAUUUGAAAUCCAGUCACAAGUUGAAUCUCAGUAUGUGGGCCACAGUGUUCUGACUGCUAAAGGCACUGCACUGCUUGGAGAUAAGAAGGUAGAGCUAACUGGCAACCAUGAUGCUCAUUUAAAUGGAAAAGUUAGCGGAACGCUGAAAAAUUCUCUUUUCUUUUCAGCACAGCCAUUUGAAAUUGCCACCUCCACAAACAAUGAAGGGAAUUUGAAAGUUAGUUUUCCAUUAAAAUUGACAGGGAAAGUAGACUUCCUGAAUAAUUAUGCACUGUUUCUGAGUCCUAAUGCCCAGCAAGCAAGUUGGCAAGCAAGUGCCAGGUUCAAUCAGUAUAAGUACAAUCAGAAUUUCUCUGCUGGGAACAAUGAGAACAGCAUCGAGGCCCACGUAGGAAUAAAUGGAGAAGCCAACCUGGAUUUCUUAAACAUUCCUUUAACAAUUCCUGAAAUGACUCUGCCUUACACAAGACUCACAACUCCACAGGUGAAAGAUUUCUCCUUAUGGGAAAGAACAGGCUUGAAGGAAUUCUUGAAAACAACAAAGCAAUCAUUUGAUUUAACUGUAAAGGCUCAGUAUAAGAAAAACAAAGACAAACAUUCCAUCUCCGUUCCUUUGGAUGUGUUUUAUGCAUUUAUCAAUCAGAACAUCAAUUCCUUCAACAGGCAUUUUGAGAAAGUCAGAGGCGAGGCAUUAGAGUUGUUUACCAAAUCCUAUAAUGAGGUGAAAAUUUCAUUUGAUAAGCACAAAGCUGAACAAUCCCUUAACAACCAAUCCAGGACCUUUCAGAUUCCUGGAUAUACUAUUCCAGUCGUCAACAUUGAAGUGUCUCCAUUCACAGUAGAGAUGUUUGCAUUCGGCUAUGUGAUCCCAAAACAGAUCAGCACCCCGAGCUUCACCACCUCAGGCUCUAGUGUCAUUGUGCCCUCAUAUACAUUAGCCCUGCCGUUCCAAGACCUGCCAGCCCUUCACAUCCCUACGGAUUUUCUCAAGCUUUCUCUCCCAGAAUUUAAUGAAUUGAGUAUCCCAAGAAAUAUCUUAAUUCCAGCCAUGGGCAAUAUGACCUAUGAUUUUUCCUUUAAAUCAAGUGUCAUCACACUGAAUACCAAUGUCGGACUUCACAAUCAAUCAGAUAUCGUUGCUCAUUUCCUUACUUCCUCUUCUUCUGUCAUUGAUACACUGCAGUACAAGUUAGAGGGCACCUCAAGAUUGACGAGGAAAAGAGGGUUGAAGCUAGCCACAGUUUUGUCCCUGAAUAACAAAUAUGUGGAAGGCCAACAUGAGAGUACCAUUAGCUUAACUAAGAAAAACAUGGACGCUUCAGUGACAACAGCUGCCAAAGUCCAAAUUCCAAUUCUGAAAAUGGAUUUCAAGCAAGAACUUACUGGAAAUCCCAAGUCCAAACCGACUAUCUCUUCAUCCAUUGAAUUAAAGUAUGAUUUCAAUUCCACCAAGUUGUACUCUGCCGCUAAAGGGACAGUUGACCACAAGCUCAGCUUAGAAAGCCUCACUUCUUACUUUUCCAUUGAGUCAUCUAACAAAGGAGAUAUCAAGGGUUCAGUCCUGUCACAGGAAUAUUCAGGAACUAUUGCCAGUGAGGUCAGCACUUAUUUGAAUUCCAAGGGUACUCGGUCUUUAGUGAAGCUGCAAGGGACUUCCAAAGUUGAUGAUAUCUGGAACCUUGAAGUAAAAGAAAGUUUUGCUGGAGAAGCCACUCUCCAACGCAUAUAUGCCAUCUGGGAACACAAUACCAAAAACCACUUACAGCUAGACAGACUCAUGUUCUUCACAUCAGGAGAGCAUGGAAGCACAGCCUCCCUAGAACUCUCCCCGUGGAAAAUGUCAGCCCUUGCUCAGGUCCGUGCAAGACAACCCAAUUCCUUCCUUGAUGUUGAUUACCUUGGCCAGGAAGUGUCCCUGAAUGCCAACACUGAGAACCAGAAAGUCAGCUGGAAAAGUGAGAUCCAGGUUCACUCCUGGUCUCUGCAGAACGAUGUACAGCUUUCUAAUAAUCGAGAAGAGGCACGUCUUGACAUUGCAGGGUCCUUAGAAGGGCACCUAUCAUUCCUCAGAUAUAUUGACCUCCCAGUUUAUGACAAGAGCUUAUGGGACAUCCUAAAGCUGGAUGUAACCACCAGUAUUGAUAGGAAACAGUAUCUUCGUGCUUCCACAGACCUUGUAUACACCAAAAACCCCAAUGGCUCCACUUUCUCUGUCCCUGUGCAAGAAUUGGCUGAUGAAUUCAUUAUUCCUGGACUGAAACUAAAUAAUCUGAAGGCGGUUCUUGUCACACCUACAUUCCGAGUCCCAUUUACAGAUCUCCAGGUUCCGUCCUACACACUUGACUUCAGUGAAAUAAAAAUCUACAAGAAGCUAAGUACUUCGUCAUUUUCCCUCAAUGUACCAGCACUACCCAAAGUGACAUUCCCUGAAGUUGAUGUGUUAACAAAGCAUUCUGAACCAGAUGACUCCUCAGUGCCCUUUUUUGAGGUAACCGUGCCUGAAUCUCAGUUAACUGUGUCCCAGUUCACCUUUCCAAAAAAUAUUUCAUUCAUCACUGCUGUUUUGGAUCUAAAUGAAGUGACCGGCAUGAUUGCAGACUUUGAGUUGCCAGAGGUCACCGUGCCUGCACAAACUAUUGUGAUCCCUUCCAUUAAGUUCUCUAUACCUGCUGGAAUUUCCAUUCCUUCCUUUGGAGCACUGACCGCACGGGUCGGGGUGGCCUCUCCCCUGUAUAAUGCUACUUGGAGUGCUGGUUUGAAAAACAAAGCCGAUCACAUUGAAACAUUCCUGGGCUCCACAUGCAACUCAAUCUUACGGUUCCUGGAAUAUGACCUAAAUGUUGUGGGGACACACAAGAUUGAAGAUGCCAUGUUAGUCUGUCAGACUAAAGGAACAUUUGCACACCAGGACAUCAAAGCAGAGUAUAAAGAAGAUGGCAAAUACCAAACACUUUGGAACUGGGAACGAGAGGUUCGCCUUGAUGUCACCAGCCCAACAUUUACUGAUGUCCAUCUGCUCUACCGCGCAGAUGAGAAUAACUACUCCUACUCAGCAGCCUCCCCAGCCAUAGGAACCGUGGCCAUGGACUUGGAAAACUAUAAUUAUACCUUAAAAUGGAGUUUGUACUACCGCCCUCAGUCAUCUCCAGAUAAAAAACUCAACAUACUCAAAACUGAGUUGAGGUACCAGGAACCUAGUGAGAUAUUUCCGGUGAAAGUUUACAUGGAAGAGAGGGCAGUGCCUGAAUUGCUAACCUCGCUGAAAGACAAUGUACCCAAGGCAACAGGGGCCCUUUACAACUACGUCAACAAGUACCACGAGGAGUACACAGGUCUCAAUCUGAAAGAUGCUUCUUUAAAAGUGAGAGAAAGUCUGCAGAACAGCGCUGAGCAGGCCUAUCGAGAAGUAGUGGGGCAGAUUGAUGAGGUGAAUAAGACCCUCGGGAGGGUAGCCAGAGGCACCACGCAAGCCUACCAGCUGCUGAAUGACAAGGCCCAGGAUCUGUACCAGGACCUGUUGGAUCAGGAGGGCCACGUCGAUUUCCAGAAACUUCAAAAUAAGGUGUUUGACAGCCUAAUAAGAGUUACUGAGGAUUGCAAAGUAAUGGUCAAUCGUCUGAUUGACUUUGUCAUCAAUUUCUUCAAGUCCGUCAGACUCCAGCUCCCAGGAAGGGCUGGGACAUACACUAUAGAUGAACUCUGCACUAUGGUCAUAAGGGAAAUAGGGAACAUACUUUCCCCGGUACAUUCAAAACUCCAUAGUUGGUUAGAAACAUGGUUUUCCUAUUUCCAAGACCUGAUGGAGAAAUCUGAAUUAAUCAAGGACCUAAAGAUUAAAUUUCCUUUUGGUCCAAGGAAUCAAAAACUAACAGAUAUAACCUUGGUGUAUGGGAAACUAUUGAAAUCUUUAUCGCAAAGCAUCCAAAAGGUAUCUAAUGACCUCCAGUCUAACAAAACUACAGAAAUGCUGGGUGAUCUUCAGAGAUAUUUACAAAAUGUUUUCCAAGAGAUACAAGGAGAAAUGAACCGCUUAAAGGAGAAGAAAUUUACUAUUCUCAUAAAUGAUAUCCAACAUAAGAUCAACACAACCUUCAAUGGCUAUGUUCAAUAUGUUUUCAGAUUCCUGAAAGAAAACGUAUACCCUAAAUUUGACAAGUUUAAUGAAUUUGUUCAAAACAAACUUCAGGAAGCUUCUAUAAAGUUAGAGCAGAUCCGUCAGUCUGUAGAGGCUCUUCAAAAAGAAUAUUUUGAUCCAAGUGUGGUCAGUUGGAAAAUGAAAUACUACGAACUUGAAGAAAAGAUAAUCAACCUGAUCAAGAUCCUAGUAGAUGGCCUUAAGGACUUCUAUUCCAAAUACAGUGCCAGAGUUGUUGUCUUUGCUUCCCAACUCUCAAGUGAAUUUGAGCCAGUUGUGUAGCACUCUAUCCAGGAAUAUCUUACCAUCCUUGCCGAUGCAGAUGGAAAAAGGAAAGAGAAGAUUGUAGAGCUUUCUACCAGUGCUCAGGAAAUAAUUAAAAGCUGGGCCGUUGCAAUGAAGGAAAUCAUUUCUGAUUACCACCAGCCGUUCAAAUAUAAACUACAGGAUUUUUCAAACCAACUCUCUGAUUACUGUGAAAAAUUCAUUGCUGAGUCCAAAAGAUUGAUUGACCUGUCCUUUCAAAAACUACCACAUGUUUCUGAGCUAUAUGAUUGAGUUACUAAAAGCACUGCAAUCGGCAGCCGUCAGUGACAUGAGCCCCUACAUAAAGAUUGCUCCAGGAGAAUUUACUAUCACCUUCUAAUUUUCUUAAAGCAAUUCUCGUUUAUUCUUCUACUCCAAUUAAGCUUCCACAUAGUAGGGGGAAAAACCAAACUGUAUGUUUGAAUUCAUAUAAUCAUACACUGAGCCAGCCCUGUAGCAGGCAGCUGACUACAAGCAGAAGCACAUGUGAACUGAACCUGCUGCUCUGAAGCUGGCCCGUCAGAUCUCUGAAGGUCUCUGAACUCUGAGAAACAACAUAUUUUUGCAAGUUAAAGAAAAUCAGGAUCUGAGUUAUUCUGUUAAACUUGGGGGUAGGGAGAACAAAUAAAUGAAUUCUUUAUUGUGCAUUGGA